AUACUGGGUCAGAAGGGAAAUGUGAGGAAUCAUGAAAGCCGUGGAGUUUUUGGCAUGUACUUAUUUUUUGCAUGUACAAAGACACGCGAGCAUGCCACGUGUCGCGGGAGAUAAAUCAGCUGAAUUCUCACACAUUUAUAAAAUUCCAAAAUACUACAAUUAACACAAACAAAUAAUGAUAAAAACAAAAUUGUUGCAAAUUUGUUUUAAAUCAAGUUGUAAAAUAUUAAAUCUCUUAAUUGUUUAAUUAGCUACCAAGUUUUUUGCAAAGUUAGGAUUUUAAAGAAUUUAAUGUUUAAAUUUUAAACAUUGUGAUUACAAAUUUAAUAAUUGAUUUCAAAUUGGUAACCAUGCCAACCCCACGGCCGGUUUGUCUAUUUUGUCGAACUGGUGAUUGUAAUUCCUCCUCCUCGUUGGAUUUAUUUCCUAAAUUUUUAACUUAUCUCGCCACGAUUAAUAUUCCUGUGGAAAAUUCCGAAAAUUUCUGCCGUGAAAAUUUCCAUUGUUGUCAGAAAUGUGGCUCCCUUUUGGAAAUGAUUGCCCACCACGUGCACCAACUGGGACAAAAUUUGCUCACCAUUUAUCGCGUAACGUUGCAAAAUUUAAACCAAAAUUGUGACGACGACGACGAAAUUCUGGAAAAUUGGAGGACGCAAAGUGUUUCUCAAUUCAAUACUUCCAUCUCUUUGGGAAAAGAUUUUCUAAAAAAUCUUAACCAGGAAGGACAGAUUUUACCCGAAAUUGAGUCGGAUUCGGAAACAGAAAUGGACCAGGCACCUUUCAAAAUUGAAAUAGACAGCGACGAAUUCGACAUGGAAAUAAAACCUGAAAUUGAUCAAGAUCAGGAUCCUCUAAGUUAUUAUGAAGAUAACCAUUCGCCCCCCGAGGAGGACGACGAUAUUCCCCCAGAAGAAGAUGACGAAUCCUAUUUAAACGACAUUCUCGAACUCGCCGACGACGCCGACGAGCCUCCAGUUCCAUCCAAACGGGGGAAAAAGGGUUCAUCUCGCAAGCGGAAAAGUAUCAUAAAACCAGAAGUCAAGUUGCCCGACAAGUCUUCAAUCCCAGGAAAACCAACCGCUCCACUCUCUGCUUAUGUGGCCCUAUUUUUAUCCCACGACAAACGCACCUGUGCCCCCUGUGACGUCUCCUUUCCCACCCAGACUGCCCUUAAGGACCACAUUUCCGCCGUGCACCUCAACGGGGCGCGACGAGUCUGCGCCGUUUGCAUGCUCGGAUUUCUAGAAGGUCGAAAUUACCAGUACCACAUUCGAAAAUGUAACGCGACCCCGGCCCGCGCAACGUCGGAAAUACUGAUCGCCGACGUGAAGGGGAUCAUUUUAGGGGCAAUAUUACCGAAAUCGUGGGUCAAGAUGGGAAUAAAGUCUUUCAGUGUGGGGGUUGCAAUGUGAAACGGACGACCAGGAGCGAUCUCGCGGUCCACAUUCGCGUCAGGCAUACGGACGAGCCCUUCAAGUGCAACAAUAUCCAGUGUGGAUACGCCUUCGCGUCGCAGGCCGAUUUGGACGACCACAUCCGCAAGUACGCCCAUCAGACCAGGCACGCUUGUGACUUCUGCACAAGCGUGCUGUAUUCAUCCAGCGCGUUGAACGACCACGUGCUCAAGGUUCAUGAAAAGGUUACCCGCUACACGUGCGCGCGCUGCGAGAAGGGGUUUUACCGACGGUGCGAGGCAACCCGGCAUGAGAAGCGUUGUCGAAGGGGGAUAAAGGAAGGGGAAAAUCAUAACGGGUUAACGUGAAGUUUCAAAAACUAAACCCCAAGAAUUUUACUUUAUCUAAAACAUUAGUCGGGGACAAACAAAUAUUUUAUUUAAACAAAUUAUUUUUUUAUACUUCUCAAGUUUUGUCAAUGAGGAUGAAAAGUGGAAAACAUUUUUUAUUAAGAUAUUCAAAUAAAAAACAUGUAUAUUUAA